AUGAAUAACAUAAUUGUUUUAUUAUUUCUAAUAUCCAGUACUUGCAAUACGCUGCUAAUCAAAUGGACGAAUACAUUAAAGGGUGAAUGUUCCGAUGGCAAAUGGCGUUAUUUUCAGCAUCCUGUCGCCCUAACCUUUUUAAUGUUCUUGGGUGAAUGCAUCUGUUUUCUUAUCUACAAAACUAUCUUUGCUUUAUUGCGUCGACGGAAUGAUGGCUCUGAAGAUAAUAAUCUGUUGACAAGCGGUGACCGUGAAUUUCGACCAAUGGCAAUGUUAUUACCGGCAUUUUUAAAUACCAUAACAACGAUCCUAUUAUUAACUGGUCUAUAUUUGACAUAUGCAUCCAGUUUUCAGGCUAUUCGAUGUUCCACCAUAAUAUUUGUCGGCCUCUUUGGCUCGAUCUACUUAAAUCAACACCUCAUCGGACGUCAUUGGUCGGCAAUAAUUAUUAUUGCAUGCGGUCUUACAAUUAUCAUAUCCAAAGAUAUGCUGCGAGUAGAAUACGAACAGACCUCAUUGGCUCAUCCCAAUUCCAAUGCUGUACUUUCCGGUGAUUUACUUAUCAUUUGUGCCUCUAUAUUCCAGGCGGCUAAAAUGACAUUUGAAGAGAAAUAUGUCAAGGCGUGUAAUGUACCAAUUUUACAGGCUCUCGGAUGGCAGGGAAUAUGGGGUGUUGUGAUAACCUCCCUGCUAGCUAUCUGUAUGAAUUAUUUACCCACCCCCAUAUCACCGUUCAAUGAUAGUACCCGUGAGGUAUUCGAUGACCUACAGGAUAUUUUCAGUCAAUUGCAAAGUAAUCCUUGGCUUUUGGUUGCCGUUUGCAUUUUUGCUGUUACCACCGCCAUACAUGGUUUCACCAGUCUAGCCAUUAUCCGUUUCUCGUCGUCGGCAAAUCUCGUUCUGGCCGAUAGUAUUCGUUUCUAUUUCGUGUGGUUGAUGGCAUGUCUCUUGGAAUGGGAGUACAUUAAUUUGGUCACAAUCAUUGGCUAUUGCAUUUUACAAUUGGGUUUGAUUACCUAUCGUCGUGCCACCAUUUUGGAAUGGUAUCGUUCGAUAUUGUUGCGUAUUGCGCGCAAUCGUUAUGCGGAAAUGACUGCAGAUCCGGCAACGGGAGUUGGUGGUGCUGGCAUACCAACAAAUCGACCAGCUGAUAUAAUUUAA